AUGAAUUGACUUUGGUGCAGGCGAGUGGAGAAUAUGGAGCAUGAGGAGACAGGAUGCCAGGCUCCACCGGAGGGUCCUAUUCUUUGCGUCAACAACUGUGGUUUCUUUGGAAGUGCAGCCACCAUGAAUAUGUGUUCCAAGUGCCACAAGGACUGGAUUUGGAAGCAGGAACAGGCUAAACUUGCAGCUUCAUCUAUCGGGAGUAUCGUGAAUGGAAGCACUACCAGUAAUGGGAAGGACCCUGUUGUUACUGGCAAUGUGGAUGUUCAUGGAAGCACAAGCAGUAAUGGGAAGGAGCCUGUUGUCGCUGGCAAUGUGGAUCUUCCUGUUGCUUCAGUGGAGCCUAAGAACAUAUCAACACAGGUAUCUUGUGCUUCAGUCUCAAGUGAGGGUGAGGUGAAGGCGAAAGAGGGUCCAAAUAGAUGCAGCACCUGCAGAAAGCGUGUGGGCUUAACAGGGUUCAAUUGUCGGUGCGGAAACCUUUUCUGCGUCAGUCAUCGCUACUCUGACAAACAUAACUGCCCCUUUGAUUACCGUACUGCUGCUCGGGAUGCUAUAGCUAAAGCUAACCCAGUCGUCAAGGCAGAAAAGCUUGACAAGAUCUAAGGAGUGACUGAGUAAAGAUUCAUGUGCUGCAGUAUAUUGCUUCUCACUUUCCCAUGCGUCUUACGUUAUGUUGGCUGCUAUUCUCUGUAGGUGUCCAUUAUUGGUAUUAAUGAUUGCAAGCAUCAUAAUUAGCCCUUCUGUUGAGUCUGAACUCUAUAUUUCUUGCUGAUUGGGCAAGGAUUUCUUUGUUGGCUCCGGUGUGUUAGUCUUCACUUGUGCUGUUUGAUGGACAUCAUUGUGGCUUAUAACUUGGUUAGCAUUGUAAUUUGUGGUCCUGGUUCACCUGGCA